ACCAGCUGGUGGCGGUAGUGAGACCUCGUGUUUUGCUGUCAGCCGCCCGACUACCAGCAGAAGAAGACGGAAAAGGAAGCGGGAAUUAGUGCAGCUUUGUCACGUUCUUUUCCACCGUUGGGGAAAAGUAAGUGAACAUAAUAAACAAGUCAAAGUCACUUCUAUGGUCAUAGCUUAUAAAAUAAUCUUGUUUUCUAAUCUAUUAUUAAGAUUCAAUCAUGGCUGAGAAACAAAUAUGGCAAAAGAUUGGGGAAGGCUUCAUCCAGGAGUAUUAUAACCAGUUUGAUAAUACCAACAGGAUGGAAAUUGCUAACUUAUAUUCUCCUGUUGCAUGUUUGACUUGGGAAGGAUCUCCAGUUCAAGGCAGAGAAGCAAUCGCUGCAAAACUAGUUGGCCUCCCUUUCAAACGCAUCAAACACAUAAUCACAGAACAAGACUUCCAACCCACAGUGGAUAACUGCAUUCUCAUCAUGGCUUUUGGACAAUUACAAGCGGAUGAGGAUCCACCCAUGGCCUUCCAUCAGGUUUUCAUGCUGAAAUUCCAGGACAAUACAUGGGUGUGCACAAACGACGUGUUUCGAUUGGGUAUUCACAACAUUCCAGUGUAGUGAUGGGGACUUGGUGCACUCAUCAACAGAAUUGGCUCUUUUUUUUUUUAAUUAUCCAAGUCUUUCAAGAGGAAAACCAUGUUCAGUUUCUCAAUGUUUAUCUAGUUAAAAACAUGAUGGGCAAGUCAAUCAAGAAAUGGCAUUGUAUCCAACAUUCCAAAUCUUAACAAAAUAGUACUUAUUUUUUUCACAGAGUUGUUUUACUCAAAUUUUGUCAUUAUAAAAUCAGUAAAAUAAAAAAAAUGAUACUA